AUUUCAGUCCUGUGCAUGCUCAUGAUUAUAUUCAGCAAGGGCAUCAUUUAUUUACCCUAGCUUCAAGUUGGCUGUAGGUUUCCUUCCUGAAAAAUAUCGUUUGCAUAAUCUCCACAGCCCUGAUAUUUUCCUUGGUAUUUGAAGAAGAAUGGUUAUUCAGGUUGGCCUUGCCAAGUUUUAUGGAAGCAGUCUUCCAAGGCCACAGAUAUACGAAGAUGUGAAAUACAACUCAGAGAGAGUCGAUCCGCCGACUCCUCCAAGUGCGCCGCUUCUAUCAUGGGCGAGAGAGGUCACCUGGUCCAUGGGGGGUUUGGCCUCCAAGAGAAGAAAGCGAUCGCAGGGCAAAAUUGAGGGCAGCCUCAAGAAGCUCAGAGACCUCCAAGAUGACGAUGAUGAUGAUGGCGAGGGUCUUCAUUGUAAGGAUUCAAACCCUAGCUCUGUAGAUUGUCUGCCUGCUAAUGAGGGUUUAACUGUAUCUGAAGAGGUUUCAAACCCUAGUUCCAGAGAAGCUGCUCCCCGGACUCGAACUCGGGCGGAGAAGUUGAAGAAAGUGGUGUCCUCCUCUUGUGAGGAGACGGAUGUUGUCAGCAGCAGGGCUUCUCCAAUAAGAGGAAACAGGGGAAAGAAGAAGCACCGGAGAAACAGAGAUUAAGUGCAAGAUGAGUCUACAUCAUUUUGAAGAGUUGUAUGGGCCUUAUUAAAAGGUUUGCUAGAAAUUGAUUUUAGCCAGUGAGAAUGGAACCCCAGGCCUUGUAGUUAUGAAUGGUAUUCCAUUUUGGAAACUGUACAGCGCUUUUAAAGUUUUUUGAACAUAAUCAAAAUCUGGUUAGCAUUGGUUUCUGAA